AUGUCGCUCUCGAAGAAGACCCUUGUGGUGGCCCUUCUGGCUGCACUGGGUCAAGCCUCCAAGCUUGGCCACGCCUCCAAACUUACCAAGGCCCAGAAGCAAGUGAGCCCUCUUUUUGGUUACGGUACCGAUACAAAGGUUCGUGGUGUCAACCUUGGUGGCUGGUUGGUUUUGGAACCUUGGAUUACUCCUUCUAUCUUCGAUGACGCUGGAGAUGCUGCCGUCGACGAAUGGUCUCUCUGCACCGUUCUCGGUACAGAUCAGUGCCGCACUGUGCUGGCAAAGCACUGGAGCUCCUUCAUCACUGAGGAUGACUUCAAGCAGAUCGCCUCCACGGGUAUGAACCAUGUUCGAAUUCCUGUCGGCUACUGGGCUCUGGAGCACUUGGAUGGUGACCCAUAUGUCGAUGGCCAGCUGGAGUACCUUGACCGUGGAGUCACCUGGGCCCGUGCUGCUGGCCUUAAGGUCAUGGUUGACCUUCACGGCGCCCCUGGAUCCCAGAACGGAUUCGACAACAGUGGCAAGCGAGGCUCGAUUGGAUGGCAACAAAAUGCCAACAAUGUGGUGAACACCAAGUCUGCUCUAAGGGCACUGACUACGCGCUAUGCCAAUGAUACCGAUGUUGUUACCGCUAUUGAGGCUCUCAACGAGCCCAGCAUUCCCGGUGGCGUCAACGAAGACGGCCUGAAGCAAUACUACUAUGACGCCUGGGGCAUUGCACGUGAGGUUAGCCAGGAAACCACUGUUGUUCUUCACGAUGGCUUCCAGCCAACAGAAUCCUGGAAUGGAUUCAUGAGCGAGUCUACUGGUGUUUGGUAUGUCAUGAUGGACACCCACCACUACGAAGUUUUUGAUACCAGCCUGCUCGCUAUGGAUGUCAAGGCCCACGCCAGCAAUGUCUGCGGCUUUGUUGAGCAACACGUCAAGACGAGUGACAAGUGGACCAUCGUUGGUGAAUGGACUGGCGCCAUGACCGAUUGUGCUAAGUACUUGAACGGAAAGGGUGUUGGCGCUCGCUAUGACGGAACUUACCAGGGUAGCACCAACAUUAGUAGCUGCGCUGGCAAGUCUACUGGAACUGUGGCUGCUCUGCCCCAGAGCGACCGUAACAACAUUCGCCAGUUUAUCGAAGCUCAGCUUGACGCCUUUGAGAAGGGAGCCGGCUGGCUUUACUGGACCUGGACGACUGAGGGGGCUCCUGAGUGGGAUAUGAAGCAGCAGCUUGCUGAAGGAGUCUUCCCUAACCCUGUCACCAGCCGCCAGUUCCCUAGCCAGUGCUAG